CAGCCAGACGUGAUCCAGAGACGCUAUCUGCUAAACGCAUUCUUCUGACAGACUGCGCCUGUGAACUGCUUGCCUGUGUAAGUAACCGUACACUUGCGAUUUGUAGGCUGUUGCUUGUAAUUAAAGGGGGGUUUGCUGUUUGUUAAGUGCAUACAAUAAUUACACCUCAUGAAAGAAGAAAAAUCGCAUGUAAGUGGAACAGCGGGAAGGAGGUCGAGCUUCUGGAGCAGGAUUCUCGUGUCGCGGUGUAACUGUCGACCCAUCAUGGUCGCGUUCAAGGGGAUCUGGACCAAGGACUUCUGGAGGGCCGUGUCGGGGGAAUUCCUGGCCACGCUCAUCUUCGUCCUGCUUGGCCUGGGAUCGACCAUCAACUGGGGCGCGGCCGAGCACGGCACCCCCUCCCCCCCCGCCGACCUGGUGCUCAUCUCGCUGUGCUUCGGCCUGAGCAUCGCCACCAUGGCCCAGUGCUUCGGCCACAUCAGCGGCGGCCACAUCAACCCGGCGGUGACGGCCGCCAUGCUGGUCACCCGCAAGAUCAGCCUGGCCAAGGCCGUCUUCUACGUGCUGGCCCAGUGCCUCGGGGCGGUGGUGGGCGCGGCGGUCCUCUCCCUCGUCACCCCGUCGGCGGUCAGCGGGGGCCUGGGUGUGACGAUGGUCAACCCCAAGAUCUCCGUGGGCCACGCCCUGGUCGUGGAGCUCCUCAUCACCUUUCAGUUGGUGUUCACCAUCUUCGCCACCUGCGACCCCAAACGCACCGACCUGGGCGGGUCGGCCUCCCUGUCCAUAGGCCUGGCCGUGGUCAUCGGUCACUUGUUCGCCAUCCCUUACACCGGAGCCAGCAUGAACCCGGCGCGCUCCCUCGGGCCCGCGCUAGUGACUCUGAACUUCAGCGACCACUGGGUGUACUGGAUCGGACCGGUCCUGGGCGCCAUCCUGGCCGCCGGCUUGUACGAGUACCUGUACUGCCCCGACCCGGAGGUGAAGCAGCAGCGGCCGCUGCAGCAGUCCUUCCACAAGGACCCGUCGGGGAUCUACAGGGAGGUGGGGGUGGGAGGCGGAGCCUACGAGGGCGACCAGUCCCCCAGGCUGACGGUGAAGCCCAGCUCCUCGGAGCAGACGGCGGAGGAGGAGAAGAAGGGUUUUGUGGAGCUGCCCGUCGAAGCUAUGUCUUCCGUAUGACUAGCGGUGGAGAAGGAGACCAACCUCUGAACACUGAAGGAACCCAAUGGGGCCUUAGUAUCACCUCCGGCAGCCAUCUUGGUUCCAAACCCGCCAAACGUGCUUGGAACCAAGAUGGCUGCAGUCACUCAAAACAAGGAGAACCUUAAGUGCUUUGGAAGGAGAAGGAACGAUUAUGGUUCAAAUGUGAGGAUAUGUAGAGGCUAUGGAGUUGUAAAGCAUUACCAAUGUAUUAUGUUUUGGGUUGGAAAAAAAAACUAAAAAACUUGACAGCUAAUUUCAUGUAAACCUGUUCUUCAAUCUGACUGUUAAACUUGUAAUCGACCUUGUUCUUAAUCCCCCAUUCCUCAGGUUUAAAACACCCCAGAAAAAUAACAGUUUAACACAACUCUGACCGUGUGAUGAGAUAUCAGGGAACUAUGCACCAGGGCAACCAAUGAGCUGGCGUCAUAAUGGCGAGUAUGAAUUGAGAUGAUGAAAAUCCCCCCUUGUUAUUUUUGGAUUACUGUCACUUAAGGUGUGGAUAACUAAUCAUUUAUAACUGUUAUACCAUAGCUGAUAUUUUAGACAGUACAGGCACCUGCACAUAUUUGUUUAAUGCAUAUUAGAUUUCACAUUUCAAUCUAAAUGUUUUUAUAGUAUAGCCUAAUACGUAUUUAUCUAUUGAUUGUUGUUAAUCUGCAUUGCACAGUGUGACUGGUAAAUUAUUGUUAUAGAUUGAAUAUGAGCAUACCUGGCUGUGUGUGUGUGUGUGUGUGUGUGUGUGUGUGUGUGUGUGUGUGUGUGUGUGUGUGUGUGUGUGUGUGUGUGUGUGUGUGUGUGUGUGUGUGUGUGUGUGUGUGUGUGUGUGUGUGUGUGUUUGAAACCCAGUCUCACAUCAAAAUAUGUAAGCUAUGUUGGUCCACAGCGGAAAAUAUAUUAGUUUCACAAUACCGUGUCUGAAAUUGUGAGAUGCCUACGUUUAUUUGGCCUAAUAUUUUCUAUAAGAAUUGUCUACUUCCCGUGACUACCAAGGCGCUGUCUGCAAAAUCAUUCAAAUUGGUUUUAAUAACAUUCCUGGCAAGAAAUUUGCUUUUUAUUUUCAUAAUCUUUGUUCAGUUUAAGCAGGCAUAUUCAUUUAUCUUUUAAUGAAUAAAUGACUCACUGGGUUUGUGUAAAUUACACUUGACAGCGAACUGGUAAACUCAUUGUGCACAAUGUACCAUAUGUUCUUGUGAUAGCGACAUUCUUUCUCGUUAUAUUGAUUUACAUUUCUCUGUAAAGAGAUCUUUCUUUGACCAUUGAUCACUUCUAAAAUGUAUCUUGUAUCAUUGUGAGGGUAUGCCAAUAUAUAUUCUCGCCCAUCCCACCUUGAAUUUAAUAUACCAUCUAAUAGAUACAUUUUUGUUACUAUGAUCAAAUUAUGAACAAAUUGUAUGCAUAAAAUGUACCUUUUGAAUGGACUUUUUCACGAAACACGUUAGCUUACAGUAGGGUGGCGUUGAGAGAUAGAAAGAUGAAGAAGGAUGAGAAAUGGAUCAUUCCUGUGGUACUAUAAAAUGCAAUUAUAAUCAACGUUUUUAUUGGAAGAAAACCAAACAGUUACAUAAGAACACAACUUAGCUCAACGCAAACGCAUAGACAAUGAUGAAAUCUGAAAUGUGGUUUCAGUGGUAGCAGCGUUCACAUAAAUCUUGAAUAUAUAAUAUUAAAAGUUCAUCCAAAAUUCAAACUAUCUUAAUAUCGCCUUCUCCAAUGAAUAAAAUGGAGGCCGUGCGUGUUUUGUUGACUGAUGACAGCGUCCAUAUAAACCACAAGAGCAAACGAUACAAAACAUGAAGUUAUUCCAUCAAUUUUCUGGCGAGGCCUGAAAGAAUCUUCUAAACAACUUAACAUUCUAUUCAAUCACCGAACAAGGAUAAUGAAAAAAUGUAGACAUUUUAUCAAACCCAUUUGAAUGAGGAAUCUAUUUUGAAAUAUUGCAUUCUCCAUUAAUGGUCAAAUGAAUGCCAUCUUGUUGGUUUGUGCAGACAGAACCUUGAAAGUCAUGCGACGUUUUACGCAGUCCUAUAGUUUGUGUGUGUGUGUGUGUGCAUGUGCGUGUUUGUGUGUGUGUGUGUGUGUGUGUUUGUGUGUGUGUGUGUGUGUGUGUGUGUGUGUGUGUGUGUGUGUGUGUGUGUGUGUGUGUGUGUGUGUGUGUGUGUUUGUGUGUGAGUGGGCAUGUGCAUGAGUGUGUGCGUAUACAGGCCUAUACAGUGAAUACAUAGUAGAGGGAAAUACGGAGACAGAUCAAUGAAUGAUGGUCUCAUAUACCCUCAGACGGAGCACGUCUAUAUGUCCCUGUGGUCAGGCCGUGAUGAGUAUUUCCUGUGAGGUACAGCCCCCCAGAAUAGCACUCUGAAAUCACACCCCAUCACCAGAGAGCACAGGAAAUUACCCCUCUUAAAUGAAAUGUUGCAACCAUGCCUCAUUUCUUCAGCAACAAAAACAUAUGACAACAAUAUGAACCUAAGCCUUCUUUGAUGUGAAGUAAGAGUAUUACAGAGACUGCCUCCAUUGAUUGAGAGCACAUACUGUUACUGUCGUGUUUGUCUUUCAAGCAGCCAUCACUUCUUCCCUGCCUCCACACACAUGAAAAAAAAGCACCACGCAUAAAAAAAGCACGCACGCCACAUUUUGCAGGUUCUAUGUGGGACAAUAGCAUCACCUGCUGGGUGAAGUGUUUUUCUCGCUGUCUGUCUUGAGACGUGCAGUCAUACAUCUGUCCAGGGGAGGGCAGCCACGAGCCUUACACGAUACGUGGAGGCAACGCAUGGAAAUCAUUUUUUUUUCGCAAUUGCCUGAAAUCAAGCCCUCAAAACAGGCCGCAGCUCCAAUCCCUUUGGCAAACCAUUGUUUUCUCUGCUCCCAAAGUUAGUGAUGUUGAGAAACAGAUGAUGCUGUCUGAAAGCGGAAUCAGUUGAACUGAUUGACCACAGAGGCCUAGCACCAUCUGAGCGAAGCCAAGGCACGGCACCAAUCCUCUUUUAAACGAAUCAUGAACAACAACUACAACGAAAAUCUUAAAAGGAAAAUAUUUAAACAGCUCUUUAAAUAAUAACAAAAAAGAAAAAAACAUUGCCGACCAACAAUGAUUAAACAAAACAGUUAAACUAACCAUGAUGCUUGGAAAUAAACGUUGUUCUUUGCGGACAGUGUGUCCUAUCCCUGGGCGUUUAUAUAUUAUAGUCAACAGGCUUGCUUCUUGUUCUAUUUGUUCGUUUUCAACCCAGUACACCUUCCCUGCCCUCCAAAUAUGUAUUUACUCGCAUAGUAGCACACUGAGGUCUAUGGCAUGCCGUUUUCAGGCCCUGCUAGUAUGUGGGCUCUCUAUGUUUGCAUGUAUGUGUUUGGUUAUGACACCUAUUCUGUUACAUUAUAAUGGAAUA